AUGAAGAAGACACUCAUUCUUGAUCUAGACAAUACACUGGUAUACGCUCAUAAGGAUCUCGUCUCUUCUGUGAGUUUCAGCAUGGAAUUCGACGAUGAUGCACCACUCCACAUCAUGAAGAGACCAGGCGUAGAUGAAUUUCUGGGGAAGGUUUCAAAAGUGUACGAUAUCGUGGUGUUUAGUGCCGCCCAGGAGAAGUAUGUCAACCUUGUGGUUGACCAUCUGGAUCCUACUGGGGGGCUUGUGUCGAGGAGGCUACAUGGUGGCAAUUGCGUUGUUCUAAAGGACGGGACGAAAGUCAAGAAUCUUGACCAUGUAGGGUUUCGGGAUUUCAAGCGGGUGGUGGCACUGGAUGACAUUAUUGACUUCUACCAAGGUCAUCAAGAGAGCGUGGUGGUGGCUCCAAAGUUUGAGGGGUCAAAGGAUGACCACUUCUUGGCAGAUGUAACCCCGUUCCUUCUUGCGCUGUCAAAGUGUGUGGAUUUUACCAAAGUUACCCAUCGCUGGAAUAUUGGACAAUGUGUGGAGAAGCAAGGCAAAUUGUACGUCCUAGAUCCAUUCGAUGAUGAAUGGGCAUCUCCACGCCAAAUCGCGACUCUUCUGCGCCAAUGUGGUGAUUCCAACUCCCUCCCGCGAGGGAAGCUCUUGCACCGCCGCCUGGCCGCCACCCUCAUUGCUCCAUUGCUUCAUUCUAUGGUCUCCAUUGCUUCAUUCUAUGGGCCAGCAGAAGAUAGUCACAUUGCUCUGCUGGCGCAGCUGGUCGCUGACGAAGCGCCUGCUUGCUUCAAAGAUAGCGUCUAUGGAAAUUACCUUCAAUCGUUCUACGCUUCAAAACUAGAUGGCAAAGCAGCCAUUGAGACUGUGAG